AUGUCUAAUAAGUGUGUGGAUUAUAAAUGGGUUUUGGGUACCCAGUUCUCAAUAAAGGAGGAGUUUAAAGAACUAGUAGCAAACUAUGAUGUUAACAAUGGUAGAGAUUUACACUUUAUAAAGAAUGAUAAGACAAGGGUUAGAGCAGGAUGCAAGGAAGGAUGUGAAUGGGUUGCAUUAUCUUCCAAAUUGCCAAAUGAGGAUACAUGGCAACUGAGAAAACUGAAUAACACUCACACAUGCAAUAUAGAGUUUAAUGUAAGUAUGUUUAACACUAAAUGGCUUGGGAAAAAGUUGUACUCAAGUGUUAGAGUUAAUCUAACUGUGAAACUCACUAUAAUAUGUGAGAAAAUUCAUGAGAAAUAUAAUACUGGUAUGAGUAGGAUGAAGGCUUAUAGGGCAAGGAAGGUUGUACUUAAUUAUGUAGAAGGGUCAUUAAAGGAACAAUAUCUGAGAUUGCCAUUAUUGCCAAGUUUUCAGCGACUAUAUAUGUUCCUUGAUGCUUGUAAGAGAAUUUUUCAAGUUUGUAUACCAAUCGUUGGAGUUGAUGGGUGCUUUCUCAAGGGUCAUUAUGGAGGACAAAUUCUUGCAGCAAUAGGUGGAGACCCUAAUGACCAAAUGAUGCCCAUUGCAUUGGUUAUGGUUGAAUUAGAAACUAAGGACUCAUGGGCUUUGUUUCUUGAUCUUCUAGUUCAAGAUUUAGGUGGGCCACAAGUUUGCAAUAAAUUCACUUUUAUAUCAGACCAGCAAAAGGGGUUGUUACCUGCAUUGGAAGAAUUAUUGUCAGGUGUUGACCAAAUAUUCUGUGUAAGACACUUGUACAACAACUCUAGAAAAAUAUUUCUUGGCAAGCAAUUGAAAGAACUGAUGUGGGGGGCAGCUAAAGCAACAUAUCCUCAGGCAUGGGAAAGGGAAAUGAAGGAGAUGAGAAUGAAGAGGCCUUCAAAUACCUAUGGAAGAUUCCACCUAGAUUUUGGAGAAAGAGACUUACCAGGCUUGCUACAUACCUAUCAUCUACCCAACCAAUGGCCUAUAGUAAGAGACACAUACCCCAACAUACUUCCACCACCAUCAAGAAGAGCACUCGGGAGGCCUAAGAGAAGAAGGAACAAAGGUGUUGAUGAGAAGAGAAAAGAUAAAACAACUGUUAGCAGGAAAGGGCUGCCAAAUAAAUGCUCAGGUUAUGGUAAAUCUGGCCACAACAAAACCUUCUUCCCAACUGCACCAUCCCAAACUGCACUAUCCUAA